AUGCGCGGGGCAGCAGCACGCGACGCGCGGGCUGCCGUAGGGCGUGAGGCGCAGGGCCGCAGCACGGGCGUAGGGCAGGGCGCAGGCGCAGGGCAGGGCGCUGGCGCAGGGCAGGGCGUUGGCGCAGGGCACGGCGCUGGCGCAGGGCAGGGCACUGGCGCAGGGCACGGCGCUGGCGCAGGGCAGGGCGCUGGCGCAGGGCAGGGCGCUGGCGCAGGCUGCAGCAGCGCAGGGCAGGGCGCUGGCGCAGGGCAGGGCGCUGGUGCAGGGCACGGCGCUGGCGCAGGGCAGGGCACUGGCGCAGGGCACGGCGCUGGCGCAGGGCAGGGCGCUGGCGCAGGGCAGGGCGCUGGCGCAGGGCAGGGCGCUGGCGCAGGGCAGGGCGCUGGCGCAAGCUGCAGCAGUGCGUGA